GGGGUGGAGGAGCAUGCACGGCGCGGAGCGGCGGCCCGCGGGCGCGCACCCUGACCGGUGGGUGCUCAUUGCACCAGAGGCUGCUACCGACCCCCCUACAGCACCUGACAACGAACCUAUGUUUACAAAACUACGCAGUCCGAGCACAGGGGAAGCAACUCUUUACUUAUUCAAUAGUGGUGCACAGCAGCUGUUUGAAGUAAAAGCUUUUCAUGAGGAAUAUCGUUCCUGGUUUAUAGGUGAGACUGUUCAACAAGAUGGGCGCCUGCUCUUUGUUACACCGAUGGACCCCUUAUUUCUGAUACUUUAUUACCUCAUAAAGGCGGACAAAGAGCAGCAAGGAAAGUUCCAGCCACUGGAUCAAGUUGUGCUAGAUUCAGAGUACCCAUAUUGCCCAUUGCUGCUGAAGUGUGAAGGAGUCAAACGGUCCAUAUGUCAUAUAACAGAAGAAAAAGAGAUUGGCAGUCAGAAAUUUCACAAGUACAGCCAAGAGAAAACGUUGAAGUGGUUAAAGAAAAAGGUCAAUCAAACAGUGAAAGCACUUAAAAGCAACAAUAUAUGUGUAGGCGAAAGGAUAUAUUCAGCUACAUUUGUCAGCGGUAAACAAAUCACUGAUGCUGAAGAAGACUAUGUGCGAUAUGCCCAUGGGUUAAUAUCAGAAUAUAUUACUGAAGAGCUGAGCAAGGAGCUGUCAAAAUACCUAGGUCUUCCAGAGCAUACAGUCCCAGCACCAGAGCCACCGUUGAAGAUGCCUGCACAAAAACAUCCAAAGAAGAAAUGAAAGAAGCGUAAGGAGACUUGCUAAUAUUAUUUUAACUUGCCAUAAUCUCAAACCAGCUUUUAAAGGCUUUUUUAGUGCACUUUCUGAAAAUAAAUGCUUGAAGUUAGAUGUGCCCUGUUCCAAGAAAAAGCAAAUCUCAGCAGAUUAACAUUGUUAAAUAUGCGGUGUGUUAAACAUACAGUGCUUCAGAUUUUAUAGCUUAUCCACUAUUGGUCUAUCGGGCCCUUCCAGGAAAGCACUUACAAGCAUGCCUAAUGUUAAGCACAUGAGCAGUGAUCUUCAAGUCAGCAGUGUUGUUCGUGUGGAUAAGUGCUUUGCUGGACCAGGGCCUAAAGUCCUGUUAGGUGCUGAGCAUCCUGAUCCAUAUCCAGCAAAGCACUUAUGUCUAUGCUUAUCUUGAAGUGGAAGAGCUGGUCUAACUAAUAUUUGUGCAUUAGUGUUUGCCAUAAAACCUCUCUUGGCACGGUGACUCACAUGCUUAAAGUUAAGCACUUGCCUAUGUAUUUUGCAAGAUCAGACCAACAGCAUCCUUGAGCAAUUCCUAUAUAAUUACUUGAUUUUGUAUGAACUUUCUAUUUUCUGGUUGUUUUUAACAGAGCAAAUGAUUUUAGUGGCCAUAAUUUCAAGAUUUAGAAGCUGCGUAGCAAAAUGCUUUGUGCAAUUUCCACAUUUAUAUUUCAAAUUUUAGUCACAUUCAACAAAAUACUUUUAGACUAAAAGUCCAAUUGUUCAGAUUUAAAAUCAUCAAAAAAUGAAAAAUGUUGAUUUUUUAUAUUUUAAGGACGUUUCAACUUUUUUUUGAUAAGAGUUAUUUCACUGAACUUAAUCUGAAUGAUUUUGUCCAACCAACCGUGUUCUGGUAUCCAGAAUAGGUUACCUAGGUCUGUCUGUGUGAGCAGGCUGAUUCUUGAGGUGCUAAGGUUGGGCUAGGGGGUGUGUUCCGAGGGGCUAAUGGAGGAGCUGUAGUUCUAUUUUUUUCUUCCUGGCAGAAUGAAACCUAAACAUGAUUAAAUCAACAUGUACUUUUUUUAAUGUUGAGAACAAAGCUGAAACCUAUGUAGUCCUUUAGGUAAAAACAAAAAAUAAGAGACACUUCAUUAUAUUAUUGUUGUGGAUGUGUACAAGAUAUUUUCCAUGGGGUGAACUUCAACCGAAACAUCAACCAGAGUUCACAUAAAACAAGGAGGAAAUGGAUGCUAAUGAGAUCCGUAAUGAUAGGCCACAUGCAGGCUGACAUUUUUAACUUAAAUAACUUUAUCAAACUGCCUUUGUUUUUUUUUUUGUUUUUUUUUUUUGUUUUGUUUUGUUUUGUUUUUUUUUUGUUACAGAACUGUUAAAAGUAAUGAGGGACACGAUUUUAAACAUCAUGUCUAUAUAUUUUAACUGUGAACCCAGUUCACUGUGAUACCUACAGCAAGCGACCAAAAUGUUCUGCAAAUCUUGAAUGUGUUUGAGGCAUUCUAGAUCAGAAAUCAAGAGAUGCUUUGCUUCCACAAAAUUUACCCGACUUCAGGUCAAACAAGAACAUCCAGAAGAGUUUAUUAGGACAUUCCUGAAAUCUAAAAGAUGAAGAGGCAUUGGUGUAUUCAAUUUUCCCUUGCAUUUAUGAUUAUGUUUGUUUCAAAAUGGGAGAGAACUGAACUGUGAACUGUUUAGAAAUCAAGUAUGAAAGGAAAUAUAAUCUGAAUGUUCAUUUGAGAAAUUUGCACUGAAUUCUUUGUUAUUUUCACACUUGUCUAGUUCAGAAGUGUUCACUGUCCCUUUUCAAGGAAAAAAGAAAAUGUAUUUUAGUUUCCUAGGCAGUAAUGCAUGAAUAUUAAAUGGGUCCAAGAUGAAAUUUAUGUUUUUCUAACUUGUAUUCAAAAAAGUACUUGAUGUAAAAAUAAGGCUAUAUGUUUCAGAAAACUUGUUCUAUUUUUUAUU